AUGCCGAGUGUAUCCAUGAUUUUACUUUUAUCUUGGAAUGCAAUAUUUAUAAAGAAAAUCGGUUUGGCUGUGGCCAAAGACGAAUGUAGCUCAAAAGCUGACUGCCAUACGAAGUUGUCAGCAGAUAUAGUUUGUUGUAAAGGACACUCGCGCGAUAGCGAAAGACCAUGUACGCCGUACAAUUGUGAUGGUCAUUUUUGUUUUACAGAUGGUGAUUGCGCUAGAAGUGAAUGUUGUAUAGACGCCAAAUGUACCGAUUCUUUCCGCUGCAGGCGAUGUGAUUCGAAUGGUCACUGUGCUUCAGGUGAAUAUUGCUGUAAGCGAGGACAUUACCCUAAUGUAUGUCGGAGAAGUUGUGUCGGUGAGGAGUGCGCCGAAAAUACGCACUGUGGAGGUCCUCGUGAGCAUUGUGACAACAAUGGAAAAUGUGAAAACCGCGAGAAAUCAUGUUCCUUGUCUGACGGGACAAUCGCACGAAUCAUUUGUGGCGUAUUAUUACCAUUAAUUGCUAUAGCUUUAUGUACCUUGUUGUGGUACUGUUAUCACACAAACACACCGGGAUCACACAAACAGGGAUCCAAUGGUAACGACGACCACUCUCAGACAACAACAACCUAUCCACCGUCCUUACGAUCCAACACGACAACCACCGCAAUCACCAGUAAACCAACGUUCACGACUAGAAGGACGAACGCCGCUACCACAUCACCAACCUCCAGCAUCGAUCUCACGAACGCCGUCAAGGACAGAACGGACGGAUGCAUUCCGACAGAGAAUGUGAAUAACCCCGAGACAUAA